CUUUCGUCCAAGGCGCAACAGGCCGCGUAUGACGCAGGAAACACAGUGUCAAACACGGCGCAGAGCGGAAAGCAAGCAGCCGCCGACCUUACAUCGCGUGCUGUAAGCACUGCCUCGGACAUGUCCGGAGCUGCUGCCGAGAAAGCCAGAAACGCUGGAACGGGCCUUUCAAAUGCCACUCAAAACGGAAAGCAAACCGCCACCGACAUGACUUCGAAAGCUAAGAGCACCGCUGCUGACCUUUCUGGAUCCGCUGCCGAUACUGCUAGGAACGCCGGCCAAGCUGUCUCGAACACCGCCCAAAAUGGAAAACAGACUGCCGCCAACCUGUCUUCAACAGCCCAAGGUACUGCUUCUGACUUGUCUGGAGCCGUCGCCGACAACACAGGGAGCGCCGGAGCUAAAGUCUCAAACGCCGCUCAGAGCGGCAAGCAGACUGCGGCUGACCUGUCUUCGCAAGCCACAGACAAGGCCUCCAAUGCCACCGGAUACGCCCAGGGGAUCCUUUCUUCGGCCUUCGGUAGUGCUAAGCAUGACUCCAACGAUUCAGCCAAUCAAAAUUAUACCCAUGAUUCUGCACAGAGCUUCUCUCACAACAGCAACAGGUAUUCUGAGGGCAACUUACCCCGUGGCCAAGGCGAGUAUGGAACCGAUGGACUGGCGAGCAGAGCAUCCCAUUCAACACAUGUUGGUGCCGAAGCCCCGAGGCUUUCUGCUAUGGACGAUGUGAACAGACGUGCUUCU